GCGAUCCGACAACACGUGUAACACGCCUGACACACUUUUUGAACGUUUUAAUUAUUUCCCGGCUUUAAGAUUUACUCGUUUUUUUUUAAGAUGAACGUAGUGUUUUUUUGUGAAAGAGUGUGAUGUGUUACAAAGAUAAAACCCCAAAGCAACAUCUGUCGAAAAAGUGGAGGGCGCCGCGAGAGUAUGGCGGGGGGCGCCCCGCCGCCCGCGCCGCCCCCGCCGCCCCCGCCGCCGCCCUUCCCCCCACAUCCUCUGCGAGCCCUCGGUGACAUGCAGCCAGUGCUCAGAUCCAACCCCCUGUACCAGGAGGAGGAGCAGGAGGUGGUGAUCACGGUGGAGCUGUCUGAGGGCGAGGAGCCCCCGGUGAACCCCCUCGCCCCGCGCCGGGCGCCCUCCACUUCCUCGGGAUACGGCAGUGGCGGCGGCAGCCACGGGCGCGUGUCCCCCAGUUUACCAAAGAGCGAAGAACAGGGCAGCGACCCCGACAGCCCCUCCGCGACCAUGACCAGAAGCCUGAAGGAGGACAUCAGAGCGUGUUUAAAGAACUACCCCAGGCAGUACACCGACAAACCACCAGUGCGAUGGACGAGCGACGUCGGCCAGGUCGUCGAAGCGGCAGUCCUUGGUGCCGGGGGCAUUAGCGCAGCUCGGGCGAGGCUGCACGCAGCCCUGCUGGCGCUGCACGAAGCCAGGGUCCCCAACCGCGGCCCCUCGCUGCCCUACUGCGGCCCUGGGGUCAGGCCGGGUGAUGUCACCAUGAUGCCGAAGACCACGGAGAUGUCAUUAUUGGCGACCAGCGCUCUUUUCACUCUGGACGGAGUGCACAGCGAAGCGCUGAGCAAACGCCUGGCCAGGAGCCAGCAGACCAGGCGGCGCUGCCGGGCGGUGCUGGCAGUUCUGGCGGUGCUGCUGCUGCUGCUGGCAGUGGGGGCGGUGGAGCUGUUGAUGUCCAGGGGUCAGAGGGUGUAUGGAGUGGUGAUCAGCUGAUGUGCUGGAUGGUGCUAGCGGUGCUGCUGUUAGCGGUGGGGUGGAUGUGUGCAGAGGCUACAUAAAGGGUGACUCUAAGCCAGGGGUCACCAAAUGGCGGACCGCGGUCCGCAUCCGGA